UUUACUGGCCAUCCCGAGUGUGCGAGAGCGCAGAUGCGCCAGUCGCUGGUACAACCCGGGGUCACGUGACUUCCUGCGGCGAGCGACUGCUGCUGCAGUUUCUUGUCGCGAGCGCUCGAUGCACGGUGUGGAAACUCCGAGCCACAGCGGCAUGAAGCUGCGCGCAGACACCGCACGAGAAUCGCUGCGCCACCCGUGAACGGUAACCCGGCUCCGUAGAGCAGCGGAUUAACAGCGGGAAGGAUUUAGGUUCAGCGCGUUCCUGAGGGAGAAGUUUGCUCACCGUGUCGGUGGAGGUGAACGGGACACCAGCAGCCAGCAUGGCGGAAAGAAGUGGCCGGUUAAGCUUCCCCGGGAGCGGGGCGCUAAACAGACCGGUGCCUAUGAACCUGUUCGCCACUUGGGAGAUAGACGGCUCCUCUCCUAACUGCAUCCCCAGGCUGUGCAGUCUGACUUUGAAGAAGCUCGUGGUGAUGAAGGAACUUGACAAGGAGCUGAUUUCUGUCGUCAUUGCAGUCAAGAUUCAGGGCUCCAAGCGAAUCCUGCGCUCUCAUGAAAUAGUGUUGCCCCCUGCUGGUGGGGUGGAGACUGAUCUCGCUCUCACUUUCUCACUACAGUACCCUCAUUUUCUGAAGCGCGAGGGAAAUAAGUUGCAAAUCCUGCUUCAGCGGAGGAAGAGGUACAAAAACCGAACAAUUUUGGGUUACAAGACGUUGGCUGCUGGUUCUAUAGACAUGGCAGAGGUGAUGCAGCAUCCUGCAGAAGGUGGGCAGGUCUUGGCUCUUUGCAGUAAUCAGAAGGAGUUUCUGGGUAAAGUUGCUGAGAUUUGGAUCUAUUCCCUGUCCAGUCAGCCUAUAGACCAUGAAGAGGCAGCCAUUCUGGGACAGAAAAUCAAAUGUUCUGAUAAUUACUCAGAAGAAGAGUAUGAAAGCUUCUCAUCGGAGCAGGAGGCCAGUGAUGACGCAGCACAAGGACAGGAUCUUGAGGAUGACGAGUACGAGAUGAGGAAACCAAAAAAGCAGAGGAGGUCAAUAGUCCGGACGGCAUCGAUCACCAGGCAGCAGAACUUUAAGCAGCGCGUGGUGGCAUUGCUCAAACGGUUCAGAGUUUCUGAUGAGGUGUUAGACUCGGAGCAGGACCCAGCCGAGCCGCCUCCAGAAGUAGAAGAAGAUCUGGAUCUGGAGAGUUUAGAGUUUGAGAAUCCGAGUGACAGUGGACCAGAUCUGGACGAUGAUGAAAGUGUUCUCAGCACCCCAAAACCCAAACUCAAGCCAUAUUUCGAAGGAAUUUCUCUAUCCAGCUCUCAGACAGAAAUUGGCAGCAUUCACAGCGUUAGGAGUCACAGAGAGCCACCCAGUCCAAUGGAUCCUGAUAAAAUAAGGGCUGUAGGUGGAAAGUUUCAGAUGGAUAAUGAAUCUGAUAAUGUUUCAAUGGGUCAUCCUGAGGUUGUGACCCCUACCACUGAACUGGAGAUGAUGGACAACAUGGACACUUUUAUGGAGAGAUUGCCUCCUACUGGCCGGAUGACCAAAACAGAGUCACUUAUCAUUCCAUCCAACCGGGUGGAGCCAAAGUUGGCAGGGCGACGGGGGCGGAGCACAUCACUUAAAGAGAGACAGACCAGUCGACCGCCCAAUGAGAGAGCCAACAGUCUGGACAAUGAGCGUUUGCUUGACACACGCUGCCACCUACAGAUUCCACGCAAAACGGUUUAUGACCAGCUGAACCACAUCCUGGUGUCAGACAGCCAUCUUCCCGACAGCAUCAUCCUCAUUAACACCUCAGACUGGCAGGGCCAGUAUGUAUCUGAGGUGUUACAGAAUCACGGUCUUCCUGUUGUGUGUACGUGCACCACGGCUGACAUACAGGCUGCGCUCAGCACCAUCAUCUCUCGCAUACAGAGAUUUUGUAACAGUAACUCAGUCACACCGUCUCCUGUGCGGAUCGGAGUAGCAGGAGCUCAGCAUUACCUGUCUGUCGUUUUGCGUUUGUUUGUGGAUCACCUGACACAUAAAACCCCCGACUGGCUCGGAUACCUGCGAUUCCUUAUCAUCCCUCUUGGUAAUGUUUUACUUCUUAAUAAUGUUAUUUUUAAAUAUAUUGAAAGUGUAUAUACAUUUACAUGCACGCACACAUUUUUAUAAAUGUAAAAAUAUGAACAUUUUCUCUUUAUUUUCUGCCAACCUUCUCCAGCAGUUCAGGACAGUCCAGAUGUGGUUUCCAGGGUAACACAGUACAUGUUGGGAGCAAACGGAGCUCAUCAGCUGCCCAUAGCAGAGGCCAUGCUUACCUAUAAGCAGAAAAGGAAAAAGAGCUUUCAUUUUGAUUUUGCUGUAAGUCCUGAUGAAGACUCAUGUCAGAAAUUCAUUCCUUUUAUUGGGGUGGUGAAAGUGGGGAUUUUUGAACAAACGUCUGCCACAUCUGGCGAUUCAGAUGACGCUGCUCCUGUAGGAUCAUCUCUUCUCUCAUCUACUCCUCCUGCACAGAUCUCACCAUUACUGAAAGAAGCAUCACCAACGCCUCCUUCUUCUCCUUCUGUGCACAUGUCCAGUUCUCCUGGAGGAGGUCAGGGGGAGCUGAUGGGUCUUCAGGUUGAUUACUGGAUUGCUCCUUCAGAGAGGAAGAAAGAAGUGGAGAAGAGAGACUCCUCUGCCAAAAACACGCUCAAGUGCACCUUCCGCUCGCUGCAGGUUAGCCGCCUCCCACUGGGCGGAGCAGAGACGACACAUCAGCCAACCAUGUCCAUGAAUGUUGUCACCAAAGAGAAGAAUAAGAAGGUGAUGUUUCUGCCUAAAAAGACCAAGGAUAAGGAGGCGGAGUCUAAGAGUCAGGUGAUAGAGGGCAUAAGUCGACUCAUCUGCACGGCCAAACACCAGCAGACUAUGCUGAAAGUGUUGAUAGAUGGAGUAGAAUGGAAUGAUGUGAAGUUUUUCCAGCUUGCGGCUCAGUGGUCAUCUCACGUCAAACACUUCCCGCUUGCCAUCUUCGGACCCUCCAAAGGGCCUUACUGAACUACAGCCUCACAUCUUCACUCCUCUACGCUACGGCUGCCUUUACACUCAGUGCUGCCUGAUGUUUUUAUUUAAAAUAUCUGCUUUCUCACGGUUUGUGUCUGUUUUUUUAUUUCAGUGACAUUCGAUUGUUCUUUUAUGAAAGACUUGAUGCAGUCUUGGCAACAGGGCAUAUUUUUUGGACUACGUAUGUUAAAACCCUCCAGUGUUUAUAGUGAGAUGACUAAUGAACUGAAUCUUUAAAACUGAUCUAAUUCUGUAACUAGUGAGUUUUCGGGUGGUUUUGUGUCAUUCUGCAAAGCUGUAUCCACACACUUCAGCAGCCAGCACACUUGUGGGAGAACAAACCAGCAAAAAGGGGAGAAAGGAACUGUGCUUUUGUUAUAUUAAAAGGACAAAAUCUGGAUUGGAUUUUGCUUCGGAUGGAUUUUCCAGAUGGCUUGGCUUUAUCUUGAAGACAGCUAAAGUGUUUUCUCCAUCUCUCUCGCUCUAUAACCUCAGCGAGGUCAGAGAGUCUCUCGAAGGUUAAUUGUGUGUUUGUGUUGCAGUCUCCACCUCGUCAUAUGUGGUUUACUUUGUAGGUUUGUGUGUGUGUGUGUGUGUGAGAAUGUAUUCACUGAAGGUACUGAACGCUAAAGCACUUUUAAAACAUUACUAGAUUGUGUUUUUGUUAUAUAAUGCUUCCUGUGGUGCACAGCGCUGUUCACUCCAGCUAAAAACUGCAGCAAAGCUUUGUGGGAACUUUGGAGACAGACACUGGACUGAGUGUCUGUGUCUACAUUAGAUGGACCAGUGUCAAACCUGUGUGCUGCACUCUUUAAAAUCUUUUUUUAAUGUAAAUGUUUCCUACAAUGAAAUGUACAUUCUGUUUGGUUUGUUGGCUUGUUUGAGGAUGUUUUCUUGUGAGAUGUCCAGUUUCCCCCAGAUGCUGUAAUGGAUUUAGAAUAAUGUGCCUAAAACAUGGAGAAUUUUUAGAGCAGCGAUGUCGAGGUCAUACUUAACCCCAAAAUCAAAAGAAAAUAAGUUAAUAUUUUGUUAUAAGGGAAAUGCAGCAUAUUUUUAGGACAUGUUAUU